UGGCGGUGUCAGUAAAGCUCGUUAUUUAAAUGUCUCGAAUCUCUCAAUGCUGUUGUCUUUCUGCUCUGUAUUAGCAUAGAUAGCACAAUGGACGCUAGGAAAGAGCUUGAUGGUCUAACCUUCAAAGAGAUGAGGUUCAAGAUGUGCCGCUUCCUCGAAGAGCAAGGCGUCGUUAAUGAUCUUCGCGCGCGCCUGCGCUACAAGUUUGUCGAAGCGCUCACGAUCACUACGCAAAGCGCCCAGCGCUCUUCGCGCACGCUUCUCCAUCAGGUGAUCUUGUGGUUGAUCCAGGACUACCUGUCGAGCCAGGGCUACGAAUACGCGCUGUGCACGCUCGCCUGCGAGUCCGGCGUGAACCAGGAGCCGUUCUCUGUACGCGACGUGGAGGAGUUGCUUCGCCUGCCGCACUGCGACGGCCACUCGGUGCUUCAGCGCAUCGUGACACGCAUGAUGAGUCGGCCGGAGACCGCCUCGGCUCAGACCUCCGUAGCUGCUAUGCAGGUGGCUGAGGAAAGACAGGUGCAUGCUGAGCUGGAGAAGCUCCAGCAGUCAGUGGCUGAAGCAGAGCAGAGGCUGCUGGCUCUGCAGCAGCAGCUGCAGAGCGCACAGGGCGAGGAGACACACCUGCAGACCGUCCGCCACAUGUCCGUGUUGACCGAAUUGAGCAGCGUGGGGAGCAACUGCAUCCUCGCAGGCAACACUUCGUCUAGCAGUUCGAGGCAUACACAGAGCCAGAGGACCAGAAACUCCAGCGUGAGCAGCGUCUCCAGCCUUCCGCUAGAUCGUGCAAGGCGCCGUCUUCGGCGCCUAUCACUGCAGACGGACUACCUCGAUGACAGACUUCGUGCCAUGGGCUCUGCGAGGGAUGACGAUCAACUCUUGCCGAGUGUGUCCUAGAGCUUGGCAUCCUGUGAGAAAAUCUCAGAGGCGCGUUCUUUUGAUGUGGGCUGAGCAGUUCGUUUCCUUCUCGUACAUUUAGGGAAACGAACUGCAUCCGCCGUGGGUGCAGCGUGCAGGUCUACGAAAAGAAAGCUUUUUUUCCCGCCGAGAAGGUUCGUAAGUGGCUGCUCUGACAAUUGCUAUCCUAGCUGCACGAGAGUCUCGCAAUACUUAUUGCCACGAGGACGGUCUACUUUGUAGAGCCAAGUCAGACACAAGUGCUGAGCUGCCUGUGUCGCUAUUGGGCAACAAUUUAAGUUACUUCUGGCUUGUUUUGUGCGUGUUUUAUAAAAUAACCCUCAGAAAAGGAGCUUCUCCACUAAUCCUUUGCACAGUUUUGCUGUAUGAACAUGGUGCGAUGCCUCAGCGAGUUGAAUGUGGGAAAUAGGCCUCCUCCAAGAUACAUGCUGAGAAAAUGCAGCUUGCUUGAGUGUGUAGCUUGCAUAGAACACACGCCACUGAAGUUGCUUCGUAGCACGGCUGCCGACCGAUCUCUCGUACUUCAUGGGGGAUCACGAAGCAGUCCGAACUGCCGAAUGCCCGAAAAUACGAAUUCGGCAAGAAAACACUUAUUUACUUGUUGCGGCCUGCGAGGCAGAAAAAUGGGUGAGACAUUUCGGGAUGAGCCCGAUGACGUCAACAGUCCCGAGUACAAUUAAUCGCUAGUACUCAAACUACUUAUAAUAAAAAAUAACAUUCCGUACAAUAAAAGACUUAAUAAAAUGCGGCUUGUGUGUUUCUGUUUCAUUCAUGGAAAAAAGAACUUGGCGUUACCAAGGAGAACAGCGCGGGUGGUUCAAAAGUUCCGUUUUCGCCGCGCUGCUCUCCGCUCGCGCGGUCGCGUCUCAGUGGCAGUUUCGUUAUCGCGUACUGUUGCGUGUGCUUUGCGCUCUCAUGAAAGUCGCAAUAACGGAAAGUUCGACAAAAUGCCGCGUCCCUGUUAUGUUGCCGGGUGCCUGAAUGGUGUGCGCCGCUUGAGCAACAGCAUCUGCAGCAAAGAAACCAACGCGACUUUCCAGUGGGUGCCGCAUAUAAACCCCUACGCCGAAGUGGCCGAGUCGUGCCGUGCCUCUGCUACAGUGUGCUGAACAACCAAGAAAUGUGCGUGUGUGCUCGCUGCACUUUCGUGCAGAGGAUUACGAGAUCAACCGCAACUUGGGCAAGGCUUGUAAUGUGCCCUUCAGGGCAGAAACCGCAGCCAAGCCUGUGACAUGGUGCGAGCUUCGCGGCCGCGCCGUGAGGAGUCGCCACUCUCGAAACGACAUCUCAGCCUUUUUUUUUCGCCGUUUUUAUUUGUGAGACUUGAGAUAAGUACGUAUUAAAAACAAAGUUUCUCUGUUCUGUGGCCGGCUUUUCUGUACGAGCUGCACUAGAGCAGUUUUCUGUGCCAUUGGGGCGAACGG